GGCUAUGGCGAUGAUGAAACUCUGGACUCAAAUUGGGUCAUUUAUGGCGACCAUCAUGUUCAUUUGGGCAAUGUUUCAACAGUACUUUCCGUACCAACUUCAUCGCCCAAUACAAAGAUACUUCUAUAAAUUCCUCGGUUCUUUUUAUCCAUACAUUACAAUCAAUUUCCCUGAAUACACCGGCGAACUUCUCUGCCGGAGUGAAGCUUUCACUGCCAUCCAAAACUACCUCCGUUCACGAACCUCCAUCCGUCCCAAUCGCCUCAGAGCAGAGGCCGUCCAUGAUACCAAAUCUUUACUUCUAACUAUGGAUGAUAACCAAGAAGUCAUUGACGAAUUUCAAGGCGUCACAAUCUGGUGGACUUCCUGCACCACUACGCCCAAAACCCACACCAUUUCUUAUCACCCUUCUUCCGAUGAGAAACGAUUCUACAACCUCACUUUCCACCGCCGGAACAGAGACAUCAUUCUUGGCUCUUUUAUUAAUCACAUCAUGAAACAAGGCAAGGUCGUGGAGAUUCAAAACCGGAAGCGGAAGCUUUAUAUGAACAACUCCGACAAAGAUUGGUGGCAUAAAAGUAGUUGGAGACAUGUCCCUUUUGAGCAUCGUGCAAAUUUUCGAACUCUGGCUAUGGAUCCCAAGAAGAAGCAAGAGAUAAUCAAUGAUUUGGUCAAGUUUAAGAAUGGAAAAGAGUACUAUGAGAAGGUGGGCAAGGCUUGGAAACGUGGGUAUCUUCUCUACGGUCCGCCGGGAACUGGAAAGUCCACCAUGAUCGCCGCCAUGGCCAAUUUCAUGGAGUAUGAUGUUUAUGAUCUUGAGCUGACGUCUGUUAAGGAUAAUACAGAGUUGAAGAAGUUGUUGAUUGAGAUUUCGAAUAAAUCGAUUAUUGUGAUUGAGGACAUCGAUUGCACUCUUGAUCUCACUGGCCAACGGAAGAAGAAGAAAACAGAGGAGGAGGAGGAGGAGGAGGAAGAAACGGAGGAAGACCCUGUUAUGAUGGCGAAAGAAAAGGAGAAGAAACAGAGCAAGACGACACUUUCUGGGUUGUUGAAUUUCAUUGACGGAAUAUGGUCGGCGUGCGGUGGAGAGAGGCUGAUUAUCUUCACGACGAAUGAGAAGGAAAAGCUUGAUGAGGCAUUGAUUAGAAGAGGAAGAAUGGACAAACACAUAGAGAUGUCUUAUUGUGGUUUCGAAGCAUUCACAAUUCUUGCAAUGAAUUACUUGGAUGUUGAAUGGGAUGAUUCAUAUGAUAAAAUUCGUGGGUUGUUGGAGGAAACAAAAAUGACUUCGGCGGAUGUGGCUGAGAAUUUGAUGCCGAAAUAUGAAGGUGAAAAAACAGAGGAGUGUUUGAAGAGAUUGAUUGAAGCUCUUGAGAGUGCCAAAGACGAAGCUGAGAAGAAGAAGAAGAAGAAGAAGAAAGAGAAAAUAGUUUGCCAAGAGAACCCUUAGGAAAGUUGCAAUGGACUUUCAGCUAAAGAGGCAAAAGAAAAU